CUAUGGCCUCGGCGACAUCCACUGAACUCAAAUCGGCCAUCUACCAUUGUCCCAUCAACGCUAGUUCUGAUCCAACACCCGUGAAGCCGCCGUCACAGGAAGCUCAGUACAUUACGCAGGUGCCUAGGUCGCCUUGCAUCUCGCAGAGAGUCGACCACGGCACUCUUUCGCAAACGAACUCUGACGAAUUUGUCCAAGAUUCUCUUGACUCUCAACGUCCAGCGCCUGUCCGUCGGGCCAGCACUCUACUCGACUUCCUACAGCCUAGUGCGCCCGUUCACAACCAGCCUGUCAAAGACUCAUGUGAGGAAGGGAGUAUUGCUUUGAGCCAGCCAGCUCCAGUUGUCUUGCAGAGCUCCAACAGAGUGUCUUCACAUGAGCAGCCACAUUCAAGAAACCACACUAUCGAACAGGAUUCGGUCCAGAUUGCGCCGCCGGAGGACCUACCACCUCAAAGCAACCAUCAGGAAGACUCAGACCAACCACAACCUCUGAUUCCAUCUCANAAAACCGCUAUCACAGAAGCUCCGACGCAAGCACACGGUCUUGUACACGUUGAGGCAGCAGCAGACGACGACGAAGACACAGCAGACUGUAUCACAGUCCGUCCUCGACCUGCCACCCCACCUGCAAAGCUAGACACCAGAAAGAACAGCUCUGCUAGAAUACCAUCUGCUUCUCUUGGGGCUCAACAUAUCAAUAGCGCAACACCACUGAAUCGUACCGGAUCUUCCAACCUCAUCGUUUCCGCAACCACAGGUCCUUCUACACCCAGCAUGCCACCCAAAUCUUCGACCAACAAGAGCACCACCUCCGCGAGUCAAGCCCGAAAAGCAGCCAGCACAGCUUCCAAGAAGAUAUCCAAACCUGCCCCGCCUCUCCCUGAUAUCGUCAACCACGGCGAAACAUCUAAGCCUGCUCCCAAGCCUGCACAACAACGCCAAAGUCAGUCUCAAAACUUCCCAUCAAACAACCGUCGCGGUCAAUCCAAGCCCCUGAAGGUCGCGUAUGACUUCCCACCAGAUCCAGAUGUCGAUGCACAGCCUACCGUACUCCAGCGUCCUCAGAAAGGAGUUCCCACAUCGAUCAGGGCCACAAAACCAACGGCUGCAUCCAUAGCCCCCAGCAAGAAGGACAUCAAAAGCCAGCCUAAGCAAAAGCCUGCCAAGGUUCCAGCCAGUGAUAUAAAUGAUGACGAUGAGGAAUAUGACGCACCCAAAACGUACAGAUCAAGAUCAGCCACCACGACACGAGCAAGUACACGUGCUCAGACGCAAAAGGUCACCAAGAACGAUGGGCUCAACGUUUCCACUCGAAAUGCUACAGCAAAUGAGAUCUCGAAGAAGGAGAAAUAUGUGUCACAAAAGACCGUACCACCGGAUAGAGGAGAAGAGAUCGAAGACUUCGAGAACAGUGUGACUCACAUUAAUUCGGAAGGUGCUGCUGGUCCACAAGUCACAACUCAAGCCCAGCCAGCGAAGUUUCUCGUAAUCGAGAAAGCGAAACCUCGACGCAGGACAGAAAAGGAGGCACAGCUCAUGCAACCCAUUUCCAGUCCUGAUCAGGCAAGGAAGGAAGCCCCCAUCCAAAAGAAACCUUCGAGUCCAGCGUAUGAACCCAUAACCCAGCAAGGCACCACGCAACGACAUCCUGUAGAUAUUGUUGACGAGGAUCUGAAUCAAGACGAUGAAGAUGCCAUAAAUCAAAGCCUUGAUGCCAGCUACAGUGAGAUCGUUAACGACGUGAUGAAACCACGUGAGGAGCAAAAACGCCUUCAAUCAAGAAUNCGGCCUUCUGAGUCUCAAUUCAGAAUUGCUCAUGGAUCACCGGCCCGGCCAUCAGUAGCCCACACGGAUGACAACUACCUCAACAUUGAUUCCUUGACGCAGGAGCGUGCCCAGCGCAAGCCAAACAUCGUAAGCUUCGGGGUCAGCGGUCCCAGAAAUCAGGGUUCACGACACAGCAAGAGAUCUUCUAUCCAUGAUCCACCAUCCGGAGGAUCCUCUUUCUUAGGUUUCCGUCAGCACCUUGCAGAAGUACUACCACCAGCUACCUUGAACCAAAUGUCUGGUUCAAAAGUGCAGUCAAACAAGGGACUCGACUUCGAUGCCCCUUCGAUCCCAGCUUAUGUUGACACUAUUGCUUCUUUAUCCUAUGCUACAUCCGAUCAGAAUCUUACAGUUGAAACAAAAGAAGCAAGUGGCCGUACUCGCAAAACUGCAGUGAGUGUUGAGGUCUCUGCAGGCAAAAGCACGAGAUCGGCAGGAUCUGGCUUAUCAACGAACCCAGUUCUUGAUGAUCACGACCGUCCGGACAAUCAAUCGUUGAGAGCCCCUAGGAACGAACCGCCUCUGAACGAGAAGCAGACCACUGUCCAACCCACGGAUGAGUCUGGAUCCUUGGUCGAAAAUGUUCCUCAACAAACAUCCGAGGAGCCUAACAAUCCGAACGAGAGGCUGCACAGAAACAAGGUCACGACCAAGUCUUCGGGACCGCUGGUAGAUGAGAGUGCAGAAACCGAGUCUGAUGUUGCAAGAGAAUCGACUCCCGUCCCCUUGAAGAAGUCGAAUACCAAACCAUACAUCCAUGCUUUGUCUACCCGAGAUGAUGCAGCAGGGUCCUCCGAGAUUAUCCAGCCGCCACGUAUCGACAGACCGUCUAAGACAAGUGGCAGCAAAACGUCAAUGCCCCCAGCGGAAGAUGGUCACGGGAAGGUGUCAAGAAGGAGUCUGCAAGCCAUCCAGAUGGUACCCCUUGAACUCGAUCGAAAGCGGCCGUCUACUGAGAUGACUGGAGAGCCUGCCAAACGUUCGAGAGCAGGCACUCUAGAUCCCCACAUCCGAUCGGUACAACCACUAGCAGGAACAAAUCCUGUCGUGCGAAGACUCUCUCAGGUCAAUGACAAUGGAUCUCCUAUACCGUACGGAGAGGAUGUACCUCGAGGGUCACCAAUGAUGCCCAAAGUUAAGCAGAAGAGGACUUCCGCUGCUUUACUCCCACCUUCUUUCCCAAGGCAUCAAAAUACAGACGACUCGUUCACUCAAGCCAUGUCAUCGAGGCGUAAGGAAGUGAUCAGAUCACAAAGUCCCUUGGAGGAGGCGGCGCACGCUCUACAACAAGACUUCCCGGGUCAAGUCUCGCAGGCCGUCGCGCACACUGGGUUUGACGAAGAAACUCUGGUGACUGCUGAGUACACACCCAUAUUAGGAGUUCAGAAAACCCCUGUGGAAGAUUUCGCGGGACCACAAGGAAGUCCACCAAGAAGAGUUCACACUACGCAAAGAACGCUUGGCCUGGUGGAAGCUCUGCAAUCAAAGGUAGUCUCUGGAAAAAUUGCGCAAGGAGUCAGAGCAGAUGACGGGAAAGAGUCCGAAGGCGACGAACCAAUGGAAGAAGAUGAUCCGGACAAGACACUUGUGAAUGAAAGCUCGGAUAAUGGAGAUGAUGAUGCUGACGAUGGCUCUGAAUCACGAGAUUCAUCGGAUACAGAUGGCGAAGACGAACCGAAGAGCGGUAUAUCAAUGUGGAGAGAUGCGCUGAAAUCACAUCAGGGAGAUGUCUACGAUCAGCUGAUCCGUAUUGCUCAUCGGUUGACGAACCAUCUGAAGGAUCAUGAGUCUGCUAUCAAAGACAUCAGCAACGACUACGAGAAAGAUGGAGUGAGACUUAUUGAGCGUCUCGAGAAGGACAACGAAGCGAGACUCGAGCAGUAUUGCAUCGAACGGAUCAGAUUGCAAGAAGCUUUUGCCAGAGGUUACGAGCACGCGCGUAGUGGACUCCGCAAAGACAUGAAAGACAUCGAGGCUAGCAGUGGGAGAUAUGUCAAGAUGCUGUCGAAGCAAAUGGAUGCCAAGGGAAGACUGGAACAGAUUUCACAAGCUUAUCACCAG